AUGGCGACGAGGAGAAGAUCCUUCAUCUUCAUGUCUCUUUCAAGUCUCACAAGGUGCUCAGGAAAAGAUCUGUUUUAUCUCGCCAACACUUGCCAUUUGAAUACGUUGACCACACACCAACUGCUGAAGGACGACCUGGCUCAGGCUGACAAAGAGGGCGUCUGCUUUGGAGCAAAACUGGUGCGAGGGGCUUAUAUGGUCAAGGAAAGGAGGCUGGCUAGCGAGAAGGGUUACCCUGAUCCCAUCCAAGAGACUUUUGACAUGACAUGUGAAAAUUACCAUCGCUGCCUUGACCUUUUGCUGGAGCGAGCUGCUGAAGAUGCAGAGACGGUGAAAUUCAUCAUCGCUACUCAUAACGAAGACACUAUCCACUACGCUAUGAACAGGUGA